UGAACCUGAUGUACUGACGGUUUGCAACCAGCAUCUGUCCCUGAACGUCUUUGGAGAAGCGUAUUUCUUUUGACAUUAUGAGUGUGUAUGGUUGUCGGGGGUGUUUCAAUAAUAUGCUUAUUCAUUGGAUGAUGAGAGUACAUCCAUUUGGUCAACAUCGUAACAACACAGUUUUGGGCAUUCUCCAAGCAGAGCAUGGGUUGGCUUCUUUGUAUCCCAUUCAUCGACUGGAUCGUCUGGUCUCGGGGAUGCUUGUCGUGGCCAAAAAUCCAGCUAAAGCUGACAUUUUUAGGCAACAUAUUGAAGCUGGACUGGUGCAGAAACAGUGUGUUGCAAAGGUCAUUGGAGUAUUUCCUGAGGGUGAGGUAUAUAAUAUUGUUUAAGCUAGACGAUUCAUGUAAUUUGUAUUCAAAUUUGAUUCAGUGCAUAGAUGAUCAGAUAGUUAAGUCCUUAGGGGUUUUUGAUCUUUUGAUUACAUUAGAAUAUCUGCCAAUCUGUUGGCUGACCUUUUUUAUGUCAUGUUUUUUCCGUAAGGAAAAGUGACAAGGAGUAGCUUUUAAUAUACAUAUUUGUAUUA